AUGCAGAAGAGAGAAGAAGAGAAGUGUGAGUUAGACAAGAAAAAUCUGCAGACUGCCCUGGCGUUUAAUUAUAAAUUAAAAGAAGAAGAAAUGAAGAGAAGAAAUCAGCGAGAGAUACUUCAACACAAACUCCAGCUGGAAGCAGCAGAAACGAAGGCUGCAUCUCUUGAAGUAAAAUACAAGCAUUCGGAAGAACGAUAUGAGCUGCAAAUGAAUGCUGCUGAGCUGCACACUUUAAAAUGUUUUAUUCAAACGCUGAAAGAAGAAAAACUCAAAAAAGAAAAACAAAACGAAGAACUUCAAAAUACCCUGGAGGCCACGCGCGACCUGGAGGCGGAGCAGCUUGAGCGAAGCAACCAGGAGCUGCAUGCGCUGCUGCUGGCUGAGAAGAACAGCAGCAAAAUGUCUUUUUCUUCAUUUCCUUUGCUGCGAUGUCGCCUAGUUAAAGCAGAAGCAGAAAAAAUAAUGCUGCAGCAGCAGUUGCAGCAGUUGCGGCAGCAGCUGCAGCAGCAGCAGCAGCAGCAGCAGCAGCAGCAGCACCAGCCACAGCAGCAGCAGCAGCAGAAUGUGCUGCUGCUUUCCCAACAGCUUACAAGCUACCUACGGGGUCUGCAGCAACAAAACCAUCUGCAUGCAGAUGAGCAGCUGCAGGACCUGGAGCAGCAGCAGCAACAGCAGCAGCAGCAACAGCAGCAAAUACAACAGCAGCAAAUACAACAGCAUGCACAAGAAGUACAAGAGCAGCAACACCACAAGCAGCAGCAUCACCACCACCACCAACUGCAGCAGCAGCAGCAGCUGCUGCAGCACCAACAGCAGCAGCAGCAGCAGCAGAUGCUAACGAAGCAAUCCUCAUCCGUGCUGCAGGCAACCCUGCCGAAGGUGCUGCAGCAAAUGCAGCACUACCAUUCUCAACAACUAUCACAGCAGCAGCAGCAGCAGCAGCAGCACGUAUCUUGCUGCUCAACCACAGCAGCCAGCUGCUGCUUUUCCGGGGCUAACCGAAGCAACAGCAGCAGCAGCAGCAGCAAAUGCUGCAGCUGCAGCAACACUUUGUGUUACAGCGUUGCCUCCCAAUCCAGUAGCUUGCCCACUGCAACAUCAGCAGCAGCAGCAGCAGCAGCAGCAGCAACACCAGCAGCAACAGCAACAGCAACAGCAACAGCAGCAGGAGAGGGCCCUCACCACCACCACCGCAAGAAAUGUAAGCUGCACGCAAGAAAAGCAAACAAGGCAGCAGCAGCACUAGCUGCAGCAGCAGCAGCAGCUGCUGCUGCUGCUGCUCCUGCUUCUGCUGCUGCUGCUGUGCUGCAGCAGCAACCUACAGAUGAACGCGAAAGCCCUUUUAGCUGUACAGACACCGCAGCAGUUUAA